UCCAAAGCAAUGACCAUUCAACACUACCAUCCAAAAUUUGUAACUAACCAAAAUCACCAUGCCCAAAAGUUGACCUUGUCCUUCAAAAACCUAACUUUCCUCCAUUGUUUCUUCCUUCUAGUUCUUCCCCUUUCUACUAUUUCUCUCUGUAUCUUCCUUCUUCAUUCUCUACUCAUUUCAAUUAUGAACAACAAACUCUUUUCAGAUCUACCCACUUUCUGUCUUCUUCUUUGCUAUCUGUUCAUCCUAUCUACUGCUGCAGAAGAUGAUGUUAAGUGUCUUCAAGGCAUUAAAUCUUCUUUAAUUGACUCACAAGGUAAACUCAAUUCAUGGAACUUCAAAAAUUCUUCAGCUUCUGUUGGUUUUGUUUGCAAAUUUGUGGGUGCUUCUUGUUGGAAUGAUAAAGAGAAUAGACUAAUUAGUCUUCAGCUUAGGGGUUUUCAGCUUUCUGGGCAAAUCCCAGAUUCUCUUGAGUUUUGUUCUAGUAUUCAAACUCUUGAUCUUUCUGGUAAUUCUUUAUCUGGUACUAUUCCUUCUAAGAUCUGUACUUGGCUUCCUUUUUUGGUAACUUUAGAUUUGUCUAACAAUCAAUUAUCUGGUUUAAUCCCACCUGAUCUUGGUAAAUGUCACUAUUUAAAUAAAUUGGUUUUGUCUGAUAAUCAUUUAUCUGGGAAUAUACCUUUAGAAUUAUCUAAUUUGAAUAGACUUACUGAGUUUUCUGUUGCUGAUAAUGAUUUAUCUGGACCUAUUCCUGGUUCUUUUGCAAAACUUGAUAAGUCUUCCUUUGAUGGAAAUGGUAAAUUAUGUGGGAAACCAAGUGAGUCUAAUUGUAAUGGGUUAAGUAAGAAGAAUUUGGCUAUUAUUAUAGCUGCUGGUGUUUUUGGAGCUGCUGCUUCUUUGUUAUUUGGGUUCGGGUUAUGGUGGUGGUAUUUUUCUAGGGCAAGUAGGAGAAGAAAGGAAGGAUAUGGGCUUGGAAGAGCUGAUGAUGGUUCUUGGAUUGAUAGAUUAAGGGCUCAUAAGCUUACUCAGGUUUCUUUGUUUCAAAAACCUCUUGUUAAAGUUAAGUUAGCUGAUUUGUUGGCUUCUACCAACAAUUUUAGUGGGGAUUCUGUGAUGAUCUCAACUAGGAUGGGAACUACUUAUAAGGCUAUGUUGCCCGACGGGUCGAUGUUGGCGAUUAAACGGCUUAAUAGUUGUAAGUUGAACGAGAAGCUUUUUAAGACGGAGAUGAAUCGGUUGGGAAAGCUUAGGCAUCCAAACUUAGUUCCGUUAUUGGGUUAUUGCCUUGUAGAAGAUGAGAAACUUUUGGUGUAUAAGCAUUUGUCGAAUGGGACUUUGUCGUCUGUGCUUCAUGGGAAGACGAUUGCAUUGGAUUGGCCUACAAGGUUUGGGAUUUGUUUAGGCGCUGCAAGAGGUCUUGCUUGGCUCCAUCAUGGAGUGGAGCCUCCUCAUUUGCACCAAAAUAUAAGUUCAAACGUGAUUCUUCUUGAUGAAGAUUUGGAUGCUAGGAUAAUUGAUUUCGGACUUGCUAGACUUAUAUCGGCCUCAGAGUCACAUAAUGAGAGUAGUUUUGUAAAUGGGGAUCUAGGAGAAUUUGGGUAUAUUGCACCGGAGUACUCGAGCACCAUGAUGCCUUCGCUUAAAGGAGAUGUUUAUGCAUUUGGUGUAGUUCUUUUGGAAUUAGUGACGGGGCAGAAACCCACGGAAGUGAGUGCUGCAGAGGAAGGUUUCAAGGGCAACUUGGUGGAUUGGUUGAAUCAGCUAUCAAACUCGGGAAGAACAGUCGAUGCAAUCGAUAAAGAGAUACGCGGAAAAGGGCAUGACGAUGAUAUUUUACGGGUCUUUGCUGUUGCCUCAAAUUGUAUAGUUUCUCGGCCCAAGGAUAGAUAUUCCAUGCUUCAGGUUUAUGAAGCACUAAACAGCAUGACAGAGGAUCAUCCUUCUGAGCAAUUUGAUGACUUUCCCCUGAUUUUCGGAAGACAGGAUCUUGAUUAGGUGGAUCCCUUUCGCUAGCAUUUCUGCGUAUGUUGUCAAUUUGUUAAAUGCACCUGUAUAUCGAGUCUUCGAAAACUUUUAUCUGUUGCAAAAUAGAAUAGUUAGCCUGCAUUUGAUGAGUGUUUGAUGCUUGUGAUAUGCUCUCGUGUGAGUGUUUUUGAGAAGCAUCAUCGGAAGCUCAUUUGGCUUGUAAUGCCAUACGUCAUUGUAUCUUGUAAAUUAAAAAAUGGAUCAAAAACCCGCCUUCUUCAUCCUUGAUUUACGGAAGUUGAAGGAUAUUUCUCCGAAUUUGCCUGCCAAGCAUGUUUAUCGUACUAAUACAUGUAAUAUGUUAGUCUCUCGAGCCUAAUGAAUCUUGUUUCCUGUAACAUCCUUUGUAUGAAUGAGGCGUAGGCCUUAGCAGAAUGAUUAUAAGCAUGUAUUUGUACCUAA